AUGGGAUGCGUCGCAGUGGCGCUCCAGGCGGUGUCGUUGUUGACCGGCGCGGCGAGGUGCGCGUGCAUUGCCGCUGCCGGCCCCUCACCACGGACACCGUACUCUAGCACCCACAGGAACUCGCUGAACGUGAUAGAGCCCGUCCGGUCGGGGUCGAUGACAUGCCCCACACAUGCGUCAAAGUUGGCGUCGACGUGGAAGCUCUGCAGCAUGCGCCUGAAGUCGGUAAGACGGACAGUGCCACUGCCGUCCGCGCCGCCACCUAAUUCCGCAAAAGCCCGGCGCUCCAGCAUGUAG